CGCUGUGCAGUGCUGUGCUAAGCUGUGCUGUGCUGUGCUGUGCUGUGCUGUGCUGUGCUGUGCUGUGCUGUGCUGUGCUGUGCUGUGCUGUGCUGUGCUGUGCCGUGCUGUGCUGUGCUAUGCUAUCUCUAAUACAAAUCCACUACUCUCCUUGUAUAUGUUUCUUGGUACUUUUCACCAGCUUUCAGUUCCUAAGAGGCUUGUCUGGUGAUUAUGUAGCAAAUAUUUCUUUUUCAUUUGUAGAAUAUUUAUAAGUUGCAAAUGUGUCUCCCUUAUCAUUUGAUCUUCUUACCAACCAUGAAAAUACUUAUAGCUUUACCUUCAGACUACAAAGACUUUAAGAGGCUUGUAGUAAUCCCGAAACUAGAAAUACCCUAGCUUUGUGUGUGUGUGUGUGUGUGUUGGGGUGGGUGUCAAGUACUCUUUCUAGCAUAUCAUCCUGGUUUGUAAUUUCUUUCCAGCAAACUGUAGGGUAAACUUGAAAUUAAUUUUAAAGCACUCCAGCAAAAUUUGCAGAAGCCCUUUUUAGAAGAGAUACUUAAAAUAGAGAAACAUGGAAGUAAGGGCUGAUUGUGCUGAAUUGAGGGAAAGCUUCUUCCAGUGGACGGGUGCAGCUGUGCUCUGGGUAUCACAGGUCAGAUGCUCAUUUGUUAGCCUGCCCUACUGAGCACCUUCGACAGCAGCAUCCCAAGUGCCCUUCCGCUCUGUGCUAUAUUUCUGCUUUUAAAAAAUUACAAUUCUUCACCCCCCCCUCCACAAUACUUCUUUCAUAGCCAGCUCUGUGUGUGCCCGUAUGCAUAUGUAUGGAUUUUAGUUUCCCUGUUAACAUUUGAGGUGGCAGUUGAGCAAAAUAGCAAUGUGUGCAUUUUUUAAUUUCUCAGAGUUCCAAGAAUAAUGAUGGAUAAUGCCAAAUACAGGAAGGGGGUUUAGAUGUAAAAUUAUGUCACCACAGGUCCUGGCACAUGAGAGAUUAUCUGGGAGUAUUUAGGAGUCUGAAAUGAACUGCCUCUCAUUGUAUCUCUAGAUCUAAAAUUGGUGAUGCUAUAAAGUCAUAAAUAUACAGGAACUGGAAAAGAUGACAAUCAUCUUGCACAGCCCUUUGAUAUUAUUUUUAGAUGAAGCAGUAAAGACUCAUGUCUUAGUAAGGGUUUCACUGCUGUGAGCAGACACUAUGACCAAAGCAAUUCUUAUAAGGACAUUCAAUUGGGGCUGGCUUACAGGUUCAGAGGUUCAGUCCAGUAUCAUCAAGGCAGGAGCAUGGCAGCAACCAGGCAGGCAUGGUGCAGGCAGAGAUGGGAGUUCUACAUCUUCAUCUGAAGGCUGCUAGUGGAAGACUGACUUCUAGGCAUCUAGGGUGAGGGUCUUAAGCCCACGCCCACAGUGACACACCUACUCUAACAGGGCCACACUUACCUAUAGUGCCUCUCCCUGGACCAAGCAUAUACAAACCAUCAAAACUCACAAAAGUUAUAUGCUUUUUGUUCUUGUCUUAUCUCAACAUACAACAUACUUCAGUGACUACCCAUAUGCUAAAUCUGUUAUACAGGGCAUCAUGUGAGGGGGGGAUCACGUGAGAGAAGCUGGCAGAAAAUCUAACUCAGUGCUGCCCAGUGCCAAUGUAAUGCACACUCUAUAUGCAGUUUUGAAUUGCUUCAUAAGCCAUAUUUUUAAAAAAGUUUAAUAUUGUGAAAUUAACUUUAAAAAUAGAUCUUAGUUUAUCUUAACCAAAUACUAGCUUUUUAACUUAUAUAAUAUUAAUAAAAUUGAUUAGCUUCAAGUUACUAUGAGAUUAUUAAUUAUUGGGUAUUCCUUUUUAGUUCUUUCUUUAAAGAUUUAUUUAUUUAUAACUUAUGAAUUUAUAAGUACAGUGUAGCUGUCUUCAGACACACCAGAAGAGGGCAUCAGAUCCCAUUACAGAUGGUUGUGAGCCACCAUGUGGUUGCUGGGAUUUGAACUCAGGACCUCUGGAAGAGCAGUCAGUGCUCUUAACCACUGAGCCAUCUCUCCAGCCCCUAGUUCUUUCAAAAUCAGACCAUGUGUUAGAUUUUGGAUACAUCUCCCUUUGUAUUAGCUGCAUUUCAAGUACUGAAUGUUUUUCCAUGUCUAUUGGACAGCGUGUGGUGGUAGAAUCAUGGUGGAAACAAGUGAUCAUGAACUUUAAAACUUCAGUUUUAUUUUAUUACUUAUUUCUAAAUUUUCAUUUUAAUGUCAAAACACAAGUUUAAGUCACCUCUUCUGAGAUUAUUGAAUAAACAGAGCUUCAAAAUAUUGGCUGAAAUAACUCUAGAUAUAACUACUUUAUCUGUGGCAUCCCUUCAUGGCAAAGAAGAAAUACCUUCUGGCUAUACAGACAUCUUAUUGUGAAAGCUGGGUAGCUGUGUUCACAUGUACAUGCAUGGGUGUCCUUGACAGAACAAAAGAUAAGCUGUUAGCCACCUUAAAAAUAUUAUUUUAAAAAUACUAUCAAACAGUCAUUUUAGUUAUCACAUAAUUGUCCUUCAUUUUUUAUAGCAUCUACUUAUUAUUUUCUGUCCAUGUGUGUGUAUGUGCAUGCACAUAGAGACAGGAGGGUGACUUGCAGGAGUCAGUUCUGUUUUCACCACGUGAGCUCUAAGACUUGGACUAAGAUUGUCAGAUUGUCAACCUUGUGACUAUACCUGCUAGGCCAUCUCACAGGUCAUUUAUUUGUGAAAGUGAAGAGUUGGUUCUAUUGACAGAAAAGAUGGGAUUAUUUACCAGACUGCCAUCUAAGUCAUCCAUGAAAGAGACUUAAUAUUAAAAAUAUAAAAAUAAGAGAACAGAAAGAAAUACUGCAUCUGGCCGGUCUUCAAAUUCCUGUUUGUGAUAAAUUCUACAGAGGUAAAAUGGCUCCUGCGUUGUUUAGUGUUCAGUUCCAUUACAGCUCCAUGACAAGGUAAUGGCACUGUGGGUUCAGCUCUCCUCUUGCCUUUUCUUGAAUCAUUUUGUGCAGAGUUUAGGAAAGAUGUACUGGUGGGUUUCUUCAGUUUAAGAUCCUUAGCCAUUGAAACAAAACCAGAGCUAAGUUUGAAAAGGAAUGUCAGGGAGCCAUUUCUGGUGGUCUCUGAGUUUAGAGCAGACAACCCUUAUAAAGGGUUCAUAUACUCCCACUUAAUUCACUACUUAAUUCAUAUAUCCUUGACCAUAUAUCCAAAGACUAGGGUAGCUUUCCUCAAAGCUGACUGGAAUUUGCAAGUGAUGCCACAUUCAUCAAAUUUUCUUGCUACUUAAUGUGAUACCAUACAGCCUUCUGAGUUAAUUCCAGUUCUAAGUUCAAAUCUACACUCUUAUCCCUAUCAGUGAAAUCAGAAGGAUAGAAAAUGCCCCAACAUGCAAAGAGAGAGGGAGUAGGGGGAGGGGAAAAGGGAUCAAGAGAGAGACAGAGAUAGAGAGACAGAGACACAGACACAGAGUGUGUGUAUAUUAAAUGUUUGCAGACAUAAGUAGCAGAAAAACCAACCAGAGUACCAUUGACUUAGUCCUUGAGCAACCAUAAAACAGACAGCUCAGUGUCUCAGCAGUGCAGUGACCUGGUGAACACCCAGCCCUUUCUCUUUUGAUAUUCAUAAGUGAUGCUGAGCUUUCUGGCUAGCUACCACAUCAUCUCAGGGUAUAUGCCAUGGGUAAGUUAUUCCAUAGCUGGUCGCUUGAAUAAGAGUGGACCCCAGAGGCUCAUAUCCUUGAAUGCUUGGUCCCCAGUUGAUGGAACUAUUAGGGAAGGAUUAGAAGGUAUGACCUUGGGGGAGGUACCAGUGCCAUGCUGGCCCAUCUGCCUAUUACCAUCCUUCUCACGAUGAUGAGCUUUAACCCUCUGAUGCAGUAAGCAAGCUUCCAACUAAGUGAUUUUGUUGAUAAGUUGCCUUAUCUGUGGCAUCCCUUCACGGCAAUAGAAAAGUCAUUAAGACCCCACGCAAAAAAACUAUAGCCAGAAAAAAAGCAAUGCUUUUCUCUUUAUAUCUGCUUUUUGAUAUAGAAAAGUCCAUUUCCUGGACAGCUCUCCCUGGUUAUUUCCCCCUUAAGGUCUAAUUCACCAAAUUUCCACACCUGCCAACAUAUUAGACAGCCACUAUGAGAUAAUAUUUCCUUGAUUUCUCCUUGAUUGAGUAUGAGCACACCCCACAUAUAAGUUGGGGAUGAGCCCACCCCCCCACUCCCAGUGUGUUUGCACCACACUGAGGUUCUGAGGCCCUAGAUUAGGGUACAGAUUAAGUUACAAGUCAACAAUUUCAGUACAGUAUGCUGUAGGGAAGCAAAUAAAAGCAGGACAUGAUCAAUAUACCCAGAGAAGGCGACUUGACUCAGCUUCUAGGGCAAAGGGCAAAGGAGAAUGUGGGUGACAACUUGUAAAGGAGGCAUUACCUGGCCUAGCAAGUAAACAGAAAGGAGAGAGAGCCAAGGGAACAGAUGAUGGGAAUGAGCAAAGUACCAGAAAAACUGAGGAUGAGAAAGAACACGUGUGUUUGUGAGUGAUACAGAAAUUUUAAUUUGUCUUAAAUACAGAGUAUAAUGGUCAGAGAUAGAAGGAUCAGUCAGAAAUAAGGCUAGGAAAGAAAACUGUAGAUCAUAAAGAAUCUUAUAUGUUCUAGAGUCAGUGAAAGGUGGGAAGGAUCUAAUGACAUAGUCAGAUAUGUAGUUUACAAAAGUACUUUUAUCUGCCGUGGGGAGUUGGACUCAAAUAGUCAGAGCCCAUGGUAAGGAGAACAUACGAGAAUAAAUUGCAAUAGCAUAGCUAAAAUGACGAAGGGCCCUAAGCCAGUGCCCUCAAGGCUAGAGAGGCAUGGAUGGUGUCACUGGGCUUUCAAUUUUCAGGUAUCUUUGGAGAGAAGAGACUGGGGGGAUCAAUACACUCAGAUGUCUGACUGAGACAACUAGGAAGAUGGUGAUGGCAUUUGUCAAGAUAGGCUAUCCAAAUGACAAUCAAUUUAGAGGUGAAUUGAUUUGAACUGUACAGCAUAAGUCAAUGGGGUCUCUUCUGUCUGAGUGAGGAUGGUUGUCUGCUCCUGGAAGAAUAUUUCUGUGCUUAGUGGCAUAACAAGUAGUCAGUGAUCGAGGAACAGCACCAGAGGCAAUAUAAUUUACUACAAAAGAUUAUGAGCAAACUGAGAGGGCCAGAAGGGUGUUUAGAGAGAGGAAGGGCACCUCUCUGAGAAAGUUACCCUCCUCAGGGGACUCUGGGAUCUUUUGUAAAAAAAGAAAUUCUAAUGGAUUCUCACAUAUAGAGACUAUUAACAUGGGAACUGAAGAGAGUGUCGUCUCAUUGAAACUCAUCGUGACAUGGAUUUGAGGAUUGCUAAGGAGUGGCUUGCUAGAACAAGCCUGAAUAUAUAAAAUAAAAUAGAAAUUUCGAGGAGUAGUUGAAUUGAAACAAUUACACACAUUUCUAUAUUGAUCUUUAAUUGUGAGAUAUAUUAAUCAGCCAUUGCUUAUAGUAAUGCUGCAUAAGAAACAACUUUAAAAUUUUCAACGUGUGCAAUAAUAAAUUUUGGUUUCUUCCUCUUAAGCUGAGGCAGGGGGUGGGAGAGCUUUGUCUCCCACUACAGCUUGCUGUCAUGCCUUUCCUCACAGUGUUCCUCCUCAGACUAUCUCUGAGCACAUUCUUGUCAUUAACAGUUGGCAACUCUGGGACUGGCAGACAAACUCUUGAUACCUCAAAAGACCACAGCCCAGAACAGGCAAUUUGGCUUGUGCCCAUAUUCUGUUAGCUUUUAAAAACAAUGUGGCCAAGCCCUCUCUCAUGGAGGAAGAGAUAGGGCACAGAAGGGUGGUGACUCUUUGCUAAAGAAUAGUAUGAUUAUAUAACACAUGAAUUGAUAUGUAUUUACCUAUAAGGUAUAUAUCUUUGGAAACCUCUUGGUUCCCAACCACAGAGAUCAAUGGACUUUAUGUCCAAUCAGCAUCACAGCCUCAACUGACCUGCAUGGUUUUCUGCUCUACAUUAGAACUAAUCUCCACAGGCAUGGCUGCCCAACACCCUAGCCCCUGGGUUGACUGAUUGGAAGAGAGCUAGCAGACUAAAGAGCAUCUUGUGUUCAUAAUUAUGGGAUUGAGAAAGAGGAAAUGAAAACCUGAAAGAUGCAUAGUAGGUAAAGUGAGGGACAAAUGGAGUUUGAUCUGUCUUAGCUUUCUGGGUGAAGUGGGGUGUGACAGAGAAACAGGCUUUGGAAAUUUACCUUUAGUCUGUUUUUUUUUGUUGUUAUUGUUGGUUUUUUGUUUUGUUUUGUUUUGUUUUUUUGCUACAAACAUUUAUCAAUUGAAAAAAUCCCCAUGAAUCAUACCUUACAUUCACAUACAGAUUGUUAUCCAUAAAGUCUAGAAAUAGAAAUACUUUAUAUUUUCAUAAAGACCUCUCUUUUGCUAUAUUGACGUUGCUAGACUAAGGGCCAACCUAAGAAUUUUGCAUGCAUUAAUUCACUUAGGUGAUUUGGUUAGCAUUUUUCUUACUCUCAUUCUUAAUUACUGAGUUUAUCUACAUGCUUGCAGAAACUCACACAUUUUUAUAGCUGUAAGUCUGGCUAUUAGAUCCCUGGUGAAUGAACAUGAGACUAUAAAUAUUGGCCAGAGACUCAGAGAGGAGCAGCUGGAAUGUGACCAGAGCCAUCCUAGCAUUGGAUGUGGCGACAGAUGGGGUGGCUGCUCCUCUGACCCAUGGCUAGCAGCUUUGCUUCACUACUUCCGAAAUGGUGUGGAGAGUUUUACCCUCCUGCUUUGUGAGUCUCUUGUUUCCUGUAGAAUUGACACAGGCCUUAGCAGGCACCCUCCCACCUGCGUUUGGAAAAAUACAUUUCCAGGUCAGUCUUCUGUGGAAAAUUUAAAGGCCUUGAAAAACUCAUGGCAGUGUUUAUAGGAACGAAUACAAAAUGGAACGCUUUUACUGCUUUCCCUAGCAGAAAUGUUUACCAUGCUGUGCAUUACAAAUACACGGGGCCAGAGAAAUGGCUCAGCUCCUAAGGGUUCAGACUCCUAACCAAAAAGGCAAACAUAUAAUACAGAGAUCAGACUCCAUCGAUACAGUAACUAGAAGUCACCUGGCAGAUAUUAGACAUGUCUUUUUAAGAGACUUAUCUGACAUCCUUCCCACACAAACAUACGAACAGAACUAUGGCUGGGUUUUCCAUAGGACCAAUCCAAAGCCAGGGGUAGCUAUUGCCAUUUCCAUGAUUUUCUCACCCCAGAUGGAAAAUUCCUAUCAGCUGAGCCAGUGUCUACAGACUGUGAGCAAAUGUCUGUUUCCUCGCCACAACCGAGUGUGUGAAACUCUUUUCAAUUGGUGAAAUCACCAUGAAAGGUCAGGAGAUUCAAGUUACAGGCGUGACAGGAUCCAAUUGCUUCCUAAGUAUUAUACCAGGAGCAUAAAUGUUUCCUGACUUUAACACCAAGUUAGAAUUUGAAAAUUUCAGAGUUUUGAGUCAAACCCAACCUAGUUGGUCUUAAAGGUUAUUUUUCUUUGGGGGAAGAAAUAUACCUUAAAUGAUGAAGAAAAAAAUAUAUAUGAAUAUGUAGUGACAACGCCUAGCAUCUCUGUAAUGAACAACCUCAUUCUUCACGUUAGGAACACCUGGGGAACAGGAGUUUGCAAUUCAAAAUAUCUAUCUUUCAUAUUUGAUAACCUAUUCUUUUGCCUGUAUAUUGUCUUAACUAACAACUGCCUAAAAUGACUAAGAGCAGGUUUUUAUUUCAUUGUCUUCUCAAGACAAAGGAGGAAGCAUUUCCUAAGUAUUUCAUUACAAAAUAAAUAAUGAGAAAACAAUCUGUCUGUGUGUAGGUUGAGUUAAAAUGCCUUACUUCAGCAAAUAUCUUGUAAAAUGAUGAAGGCUGAGUUUAUUGGUGACUUCAUUGUUAAUUAAAAAAAACCCAUUCAAAACUUGUGGAAGAAUAAAUAAAAGCAAAUCGUCUUGUCUGUAUUUCCACUACAUUAACACAAUUACGUGUAACAUUCUCUACAGCCUGUUAUGCAUUUUUCUGUAUCUGUAAGAUAUAGUUUGUGAACCUUGGAUGUGAGAACGUUUUUUCCCCUCCUUUUAGAGCCUUUUUGUUAUUUUCUUUAAUAGAUUCUUUGGUAUAUCUGUAACAGUUUCAGCCUAACUCUAUAGCAUAUGUUACAGCUGUGGACCCAAGGACAUCUUUGUCCUACAUUCAAAGCAAAGUGAAUACAUAGAGCUUUGUAAUUAAUUAAUUAAUUAAUUACUGCAUCCCCACUAUGAGUUCCAUAUCCUUCUAAAUGAAAAGGACCUGUCUCUCAGUAUGUGAUUUGAUUAAUUUGUUCAACUGUUGUUUAUCUUACUCUUCCCGGGAGUAAAGCAUAGGUAGCAUGCAUAGCAUGUGAUAGGUGGCGGCUGUAUAGGUGUUGAUGCUAUGUCAAUCUCAAACUUUCUCUAAUGUUAUAUAAAAGACUGUUUUGUAAACAAUCCACUAGAUUUAUCGAUAAACCAUGUUAUAAUUGUAAAUGUGCUUUCCCAAGGUAUUUCGCAUCAGUCCAUCUCUUUCUCUGCCAUUCAACAAAACUCAAUUACUCUGGCUAGCUGUGUAGAGAAAUAAUUGUCUUUUAAAGCCCCAUUUGACACCUUCAUAUACAUAUAUAAUGUAAUUUAUACAUUAUAUUUUGCAUAUAUAUAUAAUAUAAUAUAUAUAUUACAUUUGCCACUGCCUCAUACUCAUUUUCCUGUCUUCUACUGGGACCUGUUUAAUAGCCACCUUUCUAUCCUCUAAAAUCUAAUAUUUAUAUGUAUAUAUACAUUAUAUUAUAUUAUAUUAUAUAUAAUUAAUAUAUAUUAAUGUAUAUACACACACAUACAUAUAUAUGUAAUAGAAAAUGUGAUUUUUUUUCUGAGUCUGGCCUGCCUUCCUUAGCAUAAUUAUCUUCUAUUUUAUCCAAUUUCUUUAAAAUAACCAUGGUGGCAUGCAUUUGGCAUUCAUUCCUAUUUUUGCUGAACAAAGCAACAUUGUUGCCUAAACCCCACAUUUCUGUAAUUCCCAGUCUGCUGAAGGAAAUCUAAGCUGGUUUCCCUAUCUUCUCUAUUAGAAAUACUAUUGUGAUAAGCAUGGACUUAAAUGGAUCUUUGUAUCAUUCUGACUUAACAAUCAUUCAGGUUUAUACCCAGAACUUGUAGGGCUCAUACUGCUGGAUCACAUGAUAUUCAUGGUAUUAAUUUCUUCAGAGGCCUCCAUGCUGACUUUCAUGUGACAGUACCAAUUUCCAUUCCUAUCGGUUCCCUUUUCCCAGCAUCCCCGCCAGCUGCUGUACCCUGUCUGGAUGAUAACUACUAACUGGAGAGAGACAGAAUCUCAACAUACUUUUGAUUAGCAUCUCCCCAUUGGGCAUGUAGAUGGGGAAAGAUGUAGAACGUUUCUCAUAUAUUUACUGUGUCUGUACUUAGAUGUGUCUUUAAAGGAAGGAAGACUGGAGACAAACAACAUUCUGAACAUUCUUUCAUCUGAUUUCCAAGGCAUUGAGGUCAGACAGCGCAGGCACUCAUGUCUUUUGUGGAGUGACGGAGUCAAGUGUUGUGACAAAGGGGCUGUGACGAUCUGAAGGUAGAGAGAACAGUGGAUCCUAGCCCAGCCUGCUUCUGGCUCUGAGGCUAUUAAGCAUCUUGACCUCAGGGGACCCGUGUGAACAAAAUGAAGGGAAAUGCUUUGGGCGGCUUUAGAGUUUUUCAUUUCCUCCUAGCAAUGCACUGCCUGCCCUUGUCUCCCAGUAUCUCCAUGGGUAACCCUUGUGGAGUCUUUCUGCAGGUUCACCACCUGUGGAAAGGUCAGAUCACACACACAAGGAACAAAGAUGUCCCAAGUCAUUUGUGCAUGUGAAAGAUGAUUCUGCCAGACAUAAUUUAUCUCUGUUUGCCUGAUAGGACUGUAGUCCUCUCUUCAUUAGACCAUUCUGCCUGGAAUUUUGAGUGUCUCAAAUGUGCAGAAAUGUAAAAUGGUAUAAACCUAAGAUAUAUGUGCUAAUAGAGAAGGAUGUUGCAGAAGCCUGCUAGUCCUGCCUAGAACGACUAUCUAAGUACAGCAGCAUGUGAAUUGAUUUUGAUAGUGGGUUGAAAAAGUUAGCUAGCCUCCCUCCCACAAACUGAAGAAGGCAGAUAACACUUGCGUAUGUACACUGUUUGGCCUCAUCUACUGAGGAGUGUGAAUACAGCUGCUCUGGGAAAGGCCUUCUAAAACCCUUCCUUGGCAGGGGUCUCUGCUUUCUUACUGUGGGCGAAACCAUGCCAGGGAAUUCUCCCAACACCCAGGCAGCUUCAUAAACAUCAUCUUUGGCUCAGCCAUGCACUGCUGUCUAGAGGCAGCUGGUGUGUGGACCGGGAAUGUCAUCAGCUACUAUAUCUCAAGUAACCAGCAGGAAGUGACAGCUGAAGGAGGUGAUGUGUACCUUUGUACUGAAGCCACAGUCAGUGUCUCCUGAGUGACCGUAGACUAAUCACCAGCAUAGACAGAAGCAGAGAAGCAAGACUUGAACCUGGCAUGAGCUAAGCCACAGAAGUGACUAAGAAUGGGUUUCCCCGUUUCUCCAUUUCUGCCCAUGUAUAAAGUAGCAGAACUUUCAUGCUGCUCAAGAAGGCAGAUAACCUGUACUUAUUAUUGCAUAUUUGCCUUGCUUGGGCUCAGUGCUCAAGAGUCAUCAAGAGGAGUUAAACAGACCUUCUUUCUUCACACAACAUUUUGAAGCCAUAAAAUAAGGAACAGUCCCAAGAAUUUCACAAAAGAACUUCAGAUAAAGAGCCAAAUGGGUAGGAGGUGUUCAAUAAAUGUUUUUUCUUCCGUCUCAACUAGUUAAACCAACCAAAUUACUCAUUCGACUAGUUAUUCAGAGUUUUGUCUAAUGCUUAGUGAGAUGCUCACAAAGGGGAUUUUUAAAAUCAAAAUGCAGUCUACUCGGAUUGGCUUUAUGUAUGCAUGAUGGAAUAGGUACCCAGUUUUAUCACGGUUCAUUCUCUGACUCCAAAGAUUUCUCCUGCAAAGGUCUAAAAUAUUGAUAGUUACAAAUUAAUCCCCCUGUGCUACAUUAUUGCUAUUUUCAUUGUACCUGCCAUUAAAGUACAAAAUAUUGAACAAGUAAAUAAACAUUAGCUCACUGAUGCAUUAGCCACUUCCCACAAAUGAGUUUCUUAAAGAUUAAUAAAAUUCCCAUACUAGUCUUGGACUCUUCUCAAGAGAAACCUGGUAACACAACUACUACCCCCCAACCCCCCAAAUUAUUUUCUUUGGUUUUCACAGAAUUUGUCGAACUAGGCAUGUUUUUGGAACUUUGAAUUAAGCUACCACUUGAAACAGAAAAAUUUCACCGUUUCUUCUUCCCAAAUGGCAAAAGUUAGCUAGCUAUAUUGGUCUGUUCUGGAUGGAGGAAAGAAUAGACUUAAAUAUCAGUUGCUAUGAUUUGAGCUUUUUAUUUUCAGUAUGUCCCAGUGCCAUCAUCCUGAGGCCAAGGAUAAAAACAAAUCGGUGUCCAUUGUCAUUCAAAACCUGUUUGGUUUCUCCACCUGUGUGCUCUGUAUGCCUCAUCCUUUCACUGUACUGGUCUUCCUUCUGUGACAGAGGCAGGGGACAGGAGAGAGUGAAGCAAGAACAGAAGCUCAAAAGUCACUAGCCACUGUGACAAUAAUCGUUAAAGACACUAGAGUGCCUGGCCCAGGAAGUAGUGGCACAUGCUUGUAAAUCCCAGAAUUCAGGAGGCAGAGUCAGGCGGGUAUCUGUGAAUUUAAGGCCCGCUGGGUCUACAGAGUGAGGUCCAGGACCGACAGCAGACAGGGCUAUUACACUGAAAAUCCCUGUCUCAAAAAACAACACCCAGCUAGAAGGCAUUAUAUGGAGCAAAUUUAUGUUUGCUAAAUUUCUGACAGGCAGGUACAGGGCCAGAAAACACAGACGGAGUCAUUUGAAAGUGAACCAAAUGGUUCUUAACCUUACAAUCAGUGGCCUGGAACUUUCGAGUUUAUACUACCAUGUGUUACCCAUUGUCCAGUAGGACCAUUGUCAACCUAGGUGUAUGGGAGAUGCCUUAGAAUUGGGAGGAUGGGCAAUGGGAGCUUGGAUGAGAACAUGUCUAUCAAACGCCUACCUAAGCGGUUCUAGAUAAAGAAGUUCAUGUCUCCGACUUCACAGCUUGCCAUGGGCUGACACACAACACCCCACAGAGCUCUCUCAUUUACUGCAGACUCCCUCAUAUUUUUCCUGUGCCUCUGAGCCAGGGUUGAGAGACUGGGAUAUGCAUAAUCCUUUGUCGAAGUAAAACUGAAGGUUAUUGAACACAUUCGUCAUCCAGUUGUAGGAUGAUACGCUGGUUAACACUCUUGCAGAGUAGCUCUUGAUGAAUAAGCGAUCACCACGGGGGUGGGGAAUCUUGGAAUUAUUCCGUGCCUCUUUCUUUGAUUUUUAGUGCCACCUGAAAGCAGAAUGCUUAGAAACUGGCUAUAUUUAAUUUUGUAGCUUUUGAUCAAGCUUUCUGAAAACUUUUGUCAUUUCCUAUCAAUAUCUAGAAGACAUUAUUAAUGGAAGUCUCAGAUCCUGUUUGGUUUCAGAUCCCAACAAGGGGCUAAGGUGCCUAUUUUACAUAUCAAAGAAGACCUGACCUCUAGGUUCUCCCAGCAUCCCUAGUCCUCUCAGUCCUCAAUACUGGGCAUACACUUCCCCCAACCCUGAACUUUCCAGCAAUCCUCCCAGAGGCUCUUCCCUAUAUAAUCUAGACAUUUUGGUAUUUCUUCUCCUCUUCCUCCCCCCCCCACCCUUUCCACCUGCAUGCACCCUGCCCUUUCUCUCUUUCUCUUCCCCCCUUUCUUCUCAUGGUUACUCCCCUGGCCUCAGUCCUAGAGGUCAUUGAACUUGCCUCAGAGCAGCUUCCUAAUAAACCUGUCUUUCCUAUAUUCUGACCUGGUUUAAAUUGACUCAUCUCACUGGCUUCAUCUGAAGGCUUCGUCUGUGUCUACUCUUUUUUUCCAAGUAUUUUGCCUACAUUAUCUAAUAAGCAUUAUGGCUGGGGUAAGAGGCAAGUGGGUAGUUUUGACUUUGGUAGUAUAACCCCAAAGUGUUCAUAACUGCUACCUAAUGAUGCUUUGUUGGUAGUGCUAAGAGUGGUAGACCCAGUCAUUCCACUUGGGAUAUAUGUUUAUUUAAAAUUAAAAUAAAAGAGUCACAUUGUCUCACCAUUUGAGAAAAUGAGCAGUUUAUACAAUUCCAAAAGCGCCAUUCACACUGUGACUCACGUUGGUAGUACACACUAAGACUAUGAAAUACGAACCUCGAAUAUGCAGUGGAACUGCUAAAUGCUUCCUCACAUAAGCCACCCUUUACUCUUAUCUCCCCAAGUAAAACUGGUUGCACCCCAAAACAGUUUUUGUUUAGAUCUCUCCUCGUGUUUAGAAUCCAAGAUGAACAGUAAGUGUCCAUGAAUAAAUUUAAUUAUUAAAGGGUUGCAAUGCUUCAAGGAGUGGAUUAAAUUCACUCAAGUCUUUUCUGUUUCCUUCCUUCCUUGCUUCCUUCCUUUGAGCAUUAGUGUCUCAGGAAUACUAUCCUACUCAAAGGCAGGUUGAGGGCAGGUAUGAACCUCUGGAGUAGUAAGCGGAGCCCUAGUGUGACCUUUCCGUGCUCUUGCCGAGCUCCUUGUGAAAGUGACUCAGAGUCACCCAGUGGAAUGCACCAGUGACCCUCCAGUCAAAGUGCCCUCAGUGGUGUGUGAUUCCCAUUGAGUAAGGAGAGCCAGUCAGGCAUUGAAAUCUGACCUCGCAGUCUACCUGUGCUGUGCCUGGUCCUUUUACAGAAAGACAAGAACUUAUUUGCGUCACCAAGGCCACAGUAUCUCCAUUAUAGAGUUGACUUUGACUUAUUAAGAACAACAGCAACAAAAAAAAAAAAGAGAGAAAACAUGGACCACCCCAACUUCUAUGGAGUAUCUUGUGUAAUUCACAAAACAAUACAUUCCCUUUGUCUUCAGAAAACAACAUUCAUUACAAAGAAAGCCAUUGGCAGUAUUCACUGAGCAGCUGAGCAGAAUAGAAGUGAGCUCUAACUCUGACAGCCUGUUUGCUUUGUUCCACCUUUUCUUUGUGUUUCCUUUUCUCUUAAUGCGGGGGGGGGGGGGGGGGGGGGGGCGUAGCCCUAGUUCAGACCUGCAUUCCUGAGACUGAUAAGGGAUGAUCAUCUUGCUUCUGCUGGUCCAUUCCUAAGCUCAGCCUGCAGGGCCACCUACCCCACUCAGGUCUCUUGGACUCUUAGUUCACAAGCAAAUUGAUAAAUAUUUUAAAGGAGGAUUGACUUAAAUCUCUUCUAGGUGUCUGAUCAAUAGCCCAACUGUGGGUACUUGAGACUUUUGUCUUGCAAUCUUGAGUGUUCAGUUAUGAGAAACAGGAAGAGGGAGGGAAGCAGGGGAGGUGGAGAAGGACAGAGGGAAAGGAGAAAGAAAGAAGGAAGGGGGAGGGAAGAGAAAGAGGGAGGGAGAGAGGAAGGGGUCAGAGUAGCUGGUUAUAGGAAUUCAUGAUUGUUAUUCCAGCAGUUGUUUGGCUGAGGUCUUAGGAUUGCCCUAAUUUUGAGGACAGCUUAGGCUUCAGAAUAACAUCUAGACAGACAAGCAAUCAAACGAAUGAAAAACUUAAGGACGACACCUUCUAACUCUCAAAAGUAGCAAUCACAGCCUAACAUUUUCUUUAAAUGUCCACAAUACAAGUCGUCAGUGAGUGCCUUCCUUUACUUCAUUGACAAAGGUAACUGGAAUGCACUGGAAUCAGCACAGAAGCACUGCCUAGAAGCAGGCCAUAUGUCUCCGUCCAUGAGCUGUCACCUCACUCCAGAACUGCCUUCCCCUAGCCACUCCUCCUGGACCUUGUUGUACUCAGUGACGGCCGUGGAUCUCAGUGCCUGCCUCUCAGGAUCUUUCCAUUGGCCUGUGGUUGAAAACAAAAAGCAAACAAAAACAAAACUAAAAAACAAACAAACAACAAAAGAAUUCAGCAGCUCCAAUGCAUGUGAAAAAAAAAAAAAAAAACAACAAAACUACAGAAUUGACGUGAAAGUUUAAUUACGUGCUCAAAUCUUAACAGGCUGCCAAUGUCAAUAAUUUAAAGUGAGUAUUCAUAAAAAAAAUUAUGACUUCUUUGGAAUAAAAACUUGUGGGCUGGCGAUUUUUCAUUUCAUAAAUAUUCCCAGAAAUUCCAGAUGACUGGAAAGGAGCCAGGGCUGCCCUUAGUCAUAUCUAUUCAGUGAUACCCACAGAUUUAUUUAGAAGCAAAAUUAAAUGACUGUACUUUUUUUCUUAGAGCAGGAACAAUGUAUACUUGGAAAAAUGAGUCUCUAUUACUCUAUGGGGAAACAAAAUGUAUGGAGCUCACAAAGGUGCCAACGUCUGAGCCCCUCCUCAUUUGUAAACUGCAAUUUAAAAAAGCUGGUAUUUUAUGUCUUUUAAAUUGCUGCACUUUGGUAAUAAUUUGCAGUUACUCUAAGGUGUUGCUUUAGAAAAAGGUUAAUGAACUGUCCUCUGAGAGUCAAUAAAGGAAGUAGUCUCAACCCCAGAGCAAUCCAAAGACUCACUACAGAAAUGUCAGCUAAAAAGGAGCUUUGAAUUCCGCAGGCUGGGUGGGAGGGUGCCUUUGUGCAUGCUCUCCAUAUGGAAUAACAUUCUGCCCUGAAAAUAGCAUUUGGCUUCAUUCCUUCUUUUAGUUUUCCAUGAAGAAACUUUUUGCCAAGUACCAUAUUUGUGCUCCAGCUUUCCUGCAGACGUAUCAGAGGAAGCAGCUUCUUUAAGAACCCAGCCUACACCCCAGAGCAAUUUGUCUGAAGACCUCUGUUCUGUGUUGUUUGUGGGUUUGUUUAGAGUCCACUGAACACUUGGAAUGAAUAGUCUACCUUUCUCCCCAGAAGGGUGCAGACUGAUAGACAAGGUUCAACAGUGUCCGCCGAGGCUUCCCCAGCCUGGUUCUCAAAGCUAUCUGAACAAAUAAACAAACAGGUAAACAGCAAACGCCACAGACCCGUGGACUUGGAAAGAGGAUGGAAAGUUAGUCCUUUUAAGGGAAUAAUCAAUGUGGUAAAAUAAAACAUACUUUUUUUUUUAAAAGUUGCUACUGAAUAGAACAUUUUCUUAUAUACAUACUGUGUGGUAUAACAAAUAUUGGAAGUUUCAACUUCUGCAACGGAAAUAAUUGAUCUUUAAUGAUUUCAAUAUCAAAGACACCCAAGAAGACUAAGGCAGAGAUCCUAACUUUAUCAAGCUAUUUUUUUUAACCUAAGACUCCCUUAGUUUCAGUUUCCUAUUCAGUAUUUCCAGGUGGUAUGCUAUUUCUUGAACCACUUUGCCAAUUAGGAGUGACUUUGAGUAAAAUUAGGAGUUGAAAACUUAAAAUGACUCUUCUGCUGCACGGUGUGAUAUUUGUGGGUUCAUCUGGAAGUUGAAGGUUUCCUCAGGUUGCACAUGGCCUUGGCAACUGAGUCAACACUGAUCGUGCCCUUUACCAUUGUCUAGGCCUCAGCUGUCUCAAUGAUUUGGUAGAAGAAAAAUACUAGUGCUGAGCUCACACGCCUGUCUGAAAUGUUAAACGAGUGAUUGAAGCUCGCCAGCAUCGUUCUCUGGGUCUGGUCAGCACAGGACAGGUGGGGCCUUCCUAUGUCCUUCGGUUUUCUUUCUCUAGAAUGACAAGGCUCACCUGUGCUGGUUUUCCAUUCAUCUCUCUGGGGAAAAACUGCAGUUCCCAUAUUUGAUGAGCAUGUCUAUAAUGUUCUCUGGACGUUGAUAGAAACACACACACACACACACACACACACACACACACACACACACACACACGCUAAUUCAUGAAGAACAGUUACUUAUUAGUGACUCUAAGAAGGAUCUGAGGAAAAUUGACCAGGAUACAGGCUUCCUCCCUGGCAGACAGACUUCUCAUCCAUAAGUGAAUAGGUGUCUGAUUAGGGCAGACUUCCCCACAUGCAGUUGGCCCCUGGACCAUCAUCCCUCAAGCUAUAAGAAAGACCUUCCUGGAAAAGACAUUCCUUAGAGCUUUCCAAAGGUCCCUAUUGCUGUCUUCUAUAAAGGACACAUUGCAGAAUGGCUUCCCCAGACUAAAGGCCAUCUCUACUGAAUAUUUAGGCAAGAAUUUCCUUUCUUCAGAGAGAUAGUGAGUGAGAUUGAUCAACUACAGGUCCUUCAGACCCUGCCCUACACAUUCCUGUGGUUUUUAGUGGACGUUUUCUAUCUUAAGAAUGUAGUAGGAUCUCUGUGUUAUUGUAGGGGUGGGGAGAGGUGCUGACGUAACUUUUAGGAAUAGAGGUUUAUGAGAAGAAGACAAUAACAUCUCUAGAGGCUUAAUUCCAGCCACGAAGCAAGUCCUACCCAAGAACUGAGGAGGGAAAUUCAUUGGUAAAAGGCUUGUGCACCCCGCUGGUGACCAAGGGUUUGUUCUGUUUAUAAGUAAACAGAAUUCAAACCAGAUUCUGUAGAGGUUACUCUGAAUACAGAAGUGAGAAGACAGUGCCUGCUUUCAGGGAAUUCCCAUCACCAUGGACACCCAAGUGUCUUCUCAGGACAGAUAACUGUUAACACUAACCAGUGCCUUAGUUUAUGAUGAGUCCCUAGGGCUCGUGAAGAUAAACUUAGUGAUUCUGGAGUGGAUAAGCACUCUCAAAGGAGUGUCGCCCAGAUAUCCAGGGGAGGAGGGUCUGGAGUAAAUUCCUGAGGAAUAAUAGAGGUAAAAGCCAGAAGGCUAACCCUGUCAGGGAAGGGCACACAUACCACUGAAAAGAUUGUUGGGGAGGGGACAGCUUGCGCAUCAGCCUGACAGAAUCUUUAACAGAGAGGUGGGUGGCUAUUUCCAGGAACAUUCAUUCAAAACUAAUAGCCGGGAUGAGGUUGGAUGAUGUCUGCCACACCCACAAAGGGGGCCACACCCACAAAGGGGGAUGGGAGUGACUCUGUAAGGCACACUGCACAUUUUUAAAAUCAGAAAAUUGAGUAUAUUAUAGUUAUGUCUUUGAAUGACAACCGAGUUUGGGAAAUAAAGUUUUGAUGAAAAAGGGAAGAUAGGAAACUAUACCUGAUUCGUUCGGUAAAGAUAAGCAGGAAGCUUAUAAACUAGGAUUGAAAAUAGAAGAAGGUAACAGUUUUAACCCAACUUCUAAUCCAGGAUCUGUGUGAAAUAGCAUCGCCUUCUUUACGUUUUCAAUCUGCUCUCCUCCAAAUCGAAUUGGUUCUUCUUUUCAAACAUAUUUUUAAUACCAAAUGGUAUUUGACUGAGUGUUUAGUUUAUGUCAUGCUGUGUGCUUACGUCGUCUUUAUCCUCAUGAAGGUCUAUUUUAUCUCCACUGCAUACUGAGGCAGGAGAGAUGGAACAAAAGUUAAACAAUUUUUGAGAUAACCAAGCAGUGAGCAGGAGAGUUUGACAUUAGACCCAGACAGCCUGACUCCUCCUCUUCUUUCUUACCUGCUCCUCCAGACUCUUUCUAAUUGCUAGGCGUUAUCUCAAAGAGCAGACGUUUUAUGUCAAAGAAAACUCAUUUGUAAUGUGUGUCAAAGGAUGAGUUGGCUAUACUAAUGUACUCUUCCUCUGAGCAUGUGCAGGGAAGUGUCAUCGAUAAAAGAAAAAAAGAAAAAAAAAAGGAAUUACAGGGCUCUGAAGGAAGCUUGGUUUCUAAGCUUUUUUCAUUAUUUAUUACUUGGGGGUUACAUUGUCAUUAAAACUUCUUGGAACAGUUUUGGCAGGUUAUUCUUCACACCCUAUUUUAAUAAAAACCACUGAUUUUCUCACAGCGCUCACAAAGAAGAGCCCCAUUAGUGACAGUUACCUAUAACCUAAACACAUAUUAUGUGUGUGUUACAUAAUAUAAACGUAUUAAUUAUUCUAGUAUAUAUUCUAUUUAACAUAUGCUAUAUUUUGGGAUUGGUAUCAGGAAUUAGGAAUCACUUGAUUAAACAGAGAAGACCACUGGGCCCUCAGAAUGGGUAAAGUUACAUAUGAUUGGAAUGCACAUAUUUAAACAAGAGCAGAAAAGGGUAACAUCUUAAAAUACCAAGUAUGAGUCAUGACAAAGAUGUUUCAUUUUCAAAGUCAAUCAAAUCAGAGGUAGAACUGAUCAAAGCUGACUGGAUUGAUAUGUAAAAUAAAAGACUUGACCUGUGCUCUGCAGGAGAUAGCUAUCCAGAGAAUUUUUUUAUUCAGAGAAUUUAUAUUGAGAUCUCAAGUCUACUGCUAAGGUCCAGCCUCAGCUUGGAGAGGAGUUCUGAAAGAACGACUUGAAGUCAAAUCCUUGGAUCCAUUCUGAUGACCUGUGUUCUGCUUGACAGAGUGUUUCCAGUCUGCUUCUCUCUAUGCUCUGCUUUCUCUCUGGAGACUUCUCUGUAUUCUGCUUGCUAUUCUAAGAGAUGUCUCUGUUCAUAUCCUGCUUGCUUGUGUGUGUCAGUUCUCCAAGUAGUUCCCUUCUUAUCCUAAAAAAUUCUCUAGAUAACUUAUCUCCUGUAGAAUAUAGGUCCAGCCUUUUAUUUUACAUAUCAAUCCAGUCAUUUACUCUAGUUUUUCCUUUUGGUUAUCUUAUGAAUCAGUGUCCCAUAUUUCUUAGGAGAUACCAAGCACAUAUUUUUGUCCUUAAUAUUACAAAAGAAUUCAGAGAUCUGUCUACCUUUUCUUUAAGUACAGACAAUAAACUAGUUGGGUGGGACCUGAAAUUACCAUUUUUAACACACUGGGGACUAACCUCGCUGCAUCCCAGGCUGACCUUGAACUCAGGAAUCUGCCUGCCUAUGUAUCUGCCUGUCUUUGUAUCCUUCUGACAAGGCUCACAGCAUAACUACCUUUGUUCCUUUAGAUUCAUGAAGCCCCUCAUAAUUUAUAUUGCGUCCCCAUACUUUUGCAUAGUUGAGAAAUUAUGCAUUUUCUAAUUCAUGUUUUUAGAAUUCUUUUCUAUAGCCUUAAGGGCUGAGCUGAAGGUCCCAACAGUUACCAUUUUGUUCAGACAUUAGCUAUACCUUCACCUCUUGGACUCGUGCUGUCUGAGAUUAUCAUGGAGUUAUUAACAGAGAGGACAUUCCUCAAAGGAAUGUAAAAUAUGUACAUUCUUAUACAAACAAGCCUUAUCCCCAUAGCAGCCAUAGACCAGGGCACUGUCCCAGGGGCAAGAACCACAUCACUCUGUCCCCAACAGGGCCACAGCAAGCUCAGCAGCCUACCACUAGAACUUAAGGACUUAUUAUUCCAUUCAGGCACCAGCACUGUCAUGCACAAAUCCACAUGCGAAUGCAUGCACCACACAUACUUAAAGAUGAUAAAGGUAAAGUCUUUUAAAAGCUUGUCAUUGGAAGACACUUGGGAUCCAGCUCUACUUGUAUGAUAAAGAAAAGUUUAAAGUAUAUGAGCCUCCGUAGACACCUUUUAAAGUGAAGCUUGUGUAUUUCUAAACUUUGACAGUGGAAAACAGAUUGUGCUCUGGAAUUUUGCUCUAAAAAAAAAAUAAUCGAAGUAAUAAUCAUUGUCCCCAAUAGAAAACAAAACACAACAACAACAGGACAGUUUGUAUUUGAGAAAGCUAGCAAAUGUCUGUAAGUAUGUAAGUAUGUAGUUAAAAUGCAUACAUAUGCACAUGGGAAAAUGGCCAAUGGCAUAGCCAGAUAAAGGGGGACCACAGGUGCAGAAGGUUGAGCUGCUCCCAAUGCUACACAGAGAGAGAGAGAGAGAGAGAGAGAGAGAGAGAGAGAGAGAGAGAGACAGAGACAGAGACAGAGACAGAGACAGAGAGAAACAGAGAGAGAGACAGAGUGAGAGACAGAGAGAGACAGAGAGACAGAGACAGAGAGAGAGAGAAGAAAAGCUUUGAGGAAAAGUAUACAACUAAGUUCAAAUUUUUAAACAAAUUAUUGACUGGUUUUGUGUACAAAAUUAUUAUUGUGUCUCCCUUGCAGGGAUCUGAUGAGCCGUUAAGACUCCACUUAAAACUUAAACAUAUGAAGUAUAAUACACUGAACAUCGAGGAGAGAAAUAACAUGCAAUAGUGAUAACUUUCUAAUCUGAAAGUUUAUGAAAGAAGCAGGAAGUCAAAAAGUGGCUUUCAAAAUAUAGUACUCAUACUUCCUGAGGUCUUGAUAGUUCAGGAAUCCCUUGUCAAUAAGAAAGCAGUGCGCCCAGUCGUAUGUACAGGGAAUGUAAUAAGAAAAAAAAAAAAAAGAGACACUAAGACACAACUUAAAAUACCCCUCUACAAAAGGAGCAUGACACAGUACUUCUCAAUAACAAGGAAAUGUUGCAACAGUUCAAAGUGACUUGUUCAUUAAGGUUCAGACAGAGCGUAGAAUACCAGGAAACUGUAAAGAGCGGAUGUCCAUCGUCAUUUUUUCCUCAAGAGUUGACUUGGCGUUUCUGUAGUUCAGCACACAAGGCAAACCUGGAUAUGUAGUUCAUAAUGUGCUUCUAAUGUGCUCGACAGUUUGGAGAGUAGACCGUAUCUCUUAAAAUCUGAAAGCAGAAGUUUACUGAGCAGGCAGAAGAUGAGACGAUUGUCUGAGAAAAACUACAUUAUGUGUUAAAAAUCAGUCCUGUUACCUCAGCCCACUGGUGUCCGUUAAUGUCUCAUAUUUAAUGAAUGUUAUGGAUAAAUGACAGUUCCACCAGUGACACGCAUCCCUGAUUGAUAGGAGAGAGAAACCAUGCCUUCAGACACAGCCAAUCUACAGGAAUGCAGAAAAUUUCCCUUGAGAGCUGUUGCAGUGCAUUGUCCGCCCUAAUAAUUGUGUGAGAGAGGCGUUAGGUAAUUUAACAACAAUACCCUGCUAUUAAUAUUCAAUUGUACUUUGGAGAAAACAUAACCAGCAUAUCAAACCAUUUUCAGAAUAGACAUAAAAGUACUUUCUAAAUUUAGCUUAAGUUCUAAAGAUGAGAGUGAGUGAGGAUACAAAUAUCAAGAAACUAAUAUAAGUCGAUUGCUAAUAUGGAGGAACUGGGUUCUAAGGAAUGAAACUGUGAUGGUUGCAUUCAACAAAAUAUAGACAGAUAGGCGGGUCCUAUUAAAUUUUCUCACCCAUAGCAACCCAUCAAAAUGCGGUGACAAGCUAUUUGAAGGCAGGCUAUGAACACUAUGCAACCAAGUAGACCAGGGAAACUGAGGCAGUGGCAAUUUCUCAUCCACUUUGACUCCUAACUCUGUAGACAAAAACAUGGACCUCAGAAGGCCCAGUUCUCCAUGGCCAGGCACCCUUGCUAACCUGGACUUUGUCACAUUUAUGUAAAACAGGGAUGCUGUAUCCCCUCGAAUUAAAGAAGACACUCAAAUGCCUAGGAUGGAAUUUUAAAAAUUUAUACAAGAAAAAAAAAUAGACCUUAGGAUAGGAAUGGCAUUUAACAAAAAGGAUGUCUCUCUGUUUUAGGACAGUCACUUCCUUUUAGCAUUAGAGGUAGAGCCAAAAUCUACGGACUCAAAUCUCAGCUGCCUGGAGGUAGAUGGACCACUUCUCCGUGUACUGGCAACCUCCAUGUGCUGUUCCACUGAGCUGGUUAGUGACACAGAUUCUAGCUUCAUACUCGUUUCUGGGUGUGUGGGGAGGCCUAGCAUUAGUCCCUAUGAGACUGGAACUCAGUGUUGGUAGAGACUGUAGGGUAAUUGUAGGCAAGUAACUCACAGGUGCUCCUGCAGUGUGUAUGACAAAGAAGGGUGUGGUGGUAAAGUAAAUAAUCUAGCUGAGAUAGUAUUCUCUCUGGGGAUAGACGAACUCCAAGAUGAUUACUCCUGGAGAGGUUUAACACAGCACGCAGACCCUGCAUUGUCUGAUCCGCAUUAUCUUCCUACGUGACAACCAGAAGAUAUCUGGUAAACCUUGAAACAAGAAAAAUGGUUCUACAACUAGCUGCUUAAUUUUAUUCUCUUCUUUUAAUCACUUUUAAAUUCACAAAAUAAAUAAGUGUAAACCAUCCAUAAAUACCACACUCCCCAUUAUAUAUAUACACACACAUAUAUACAUACACCCACAUAUACACACACACAUACACACACAGACAUACACAGAGACACACACACAGACACCCACAUAUACACACACACAUACACACACAGACAUACACAGAGACACACACACAGACACACUCGCAUACACACACAUAGAUAUACAUAUACAUACACACAUACAUACACACACACACACAGAGAUAGUAGCUUCCCUACCUUCUUUGGAAUUUCUAGAAAUAUGUAUUUAGAGAACCUGCAUGAAAUAUUCUAAAGCAUGAGCGAUAUUCUAAGGAUGGGUCAGGUCUAAGAAGGCCUGAAUGUCCUUAGGCAGUACAGAAAAAGUGAAAGGCUCCUGGAGGGAAGCAGUUUAUUAACAUUUACUUUAUGAAGCCUAAGAAUUCCCAGAGAGGACAAAAUCACCAAUGGACAGUGAGGUGCGAAUGGCCUGUUAUUGUAAUAAGCAACCCCAGUCUCCCUGACUUCAUUCUUGCUACAUCAAUUUUCCAAGCUGUCUGGGUGGGUCACAACCACGCUCCAGCAUCCUGUCUCCAAAGGCUAAAUAAAUACCAAGCUCACGUCAGACUGGGGAAGCAACGCUCGGCUAAUGUCAUCGAAGAUUCCGAAUGCUUAUUUUUGCUUGAUAAUUCACCUUCAACAUAAUUGAAGUUGGCACACCCAGAGGAACAUAUAUCCUUUGUGUAAAUGUUCAGAAGAAUAGACAAGGCGUGGAAAUGUUACUUCUGUCAGGAGCAACUGGAACCAGCUUACAGAGAAGCUACCAUAAUAGAAGAGUAUUUUUUUCUUAAAUAUUUAAAAAUUUUAAUUAAAAUAUAAUUACAUCAUUCCCUUCCCUUUCCUUUCUCCAAUCCCUAUGGCCCUUCUUAUUCCCUCUCAAAUUCUUUCUUAGAUUAUUUUUUUACAUAUUUAUAAACACAAAUGUAUAUAAAUGCUACCUACUGUAUCUGUUAUUGCGUUUGUUUAGUGUUGUGGAUUCGCGCGCGCGCGCGCACACACACACACACACACACACACACACACACACACACAAUUUGAGGGAUAACCACAUAGUAUUGUACCACUAAUUAUUUCCAGAUGCUACCUGUGGGACAAGUACAGGUCUUGAUAAAGGUUAGGCAAUACACAAAGCCCCCUUCUGAAGGGCUGUAAAGAAUGAGGUGACCUAAGUCUCCAUACACAAAUCAAAACAUUUAUGUGUCAUAUGUGUCAUAUUUUUAAAAUUAGGUUCCUAAAACAGCAAGAAGACAGCUAUUGCCCAACAAGUUACAUUAGAUUUUUUAGCUUGAAUACCCUAACUGCACCUCAUUCAAGGAGAUUUGCUACCAUAAAGUAUAUAUAUGUGAAAAUAUAAUGGAAAUGAAUUUCUGCUGAGUCCUCAAGUCCCCUCAGCUUCACUUUCCAUGUUGCCAUGUGGUACUGGGAGAAAAGUGACUUUGAGGUAGUUUCUUUGAAUUUUGAUAAAGAAGAUAAAGAAGAAAAGUUCAAUGGCUAGGGGUGCAUGCCUUACAAAGGUGCUAGGGGAGGGAGUCCUUUCUGAAUAACAUAGACAGCUGCUUUUUCAGGGAAGGGCAUGGCCUUGAAAGUCUCCAGAGCUCUGCUGUGUGCGUGGCUGCUUUGCUGUCCUACGUUCUGGAAUCAGAGUUCCGCCCCUUUGCUUUGUAAGUCAGCAAUUGACCAGGCCGGGUUGGGCGCUCUUUUUUUCCCUCCCUUUCUCACUUCCCUGCGAUGUUUUGAACUGCCUUCUCACAGACGUCAUUCAGCCCUUGAGGAAUAGUUUCUGCCUGGUGAGACUGGUUGGUAAUUCUCAUUCACAAAGACUCGCGGCCGCGUUCUCAGGAGACACAGCGGAAAUUGGCUUGGCAGGUAUCUGGGGCCACCCAGCCCACGGAGCUGUGCUCCUCCUGCGACUCCUUUGCUCUGCAGAGAGCUUUGUCCCCGCGGUUGGUCGCCCUGAAAUGAAACUUCCUUGACAGCUCGCCCUCUGCGUGUCACCAGGCUGCCAGGCAUUUUCCUUUUGCUCUACCUGAGUGAGUGCCUGGCGGGGAAACCUCUAAGUCCGUUGUUACGGAAUUGCAAAAAAAGAGAUUAAGUGACCUGUUCACGGGGCUGGCUUCCCUUGUGACCCAGAUGAAGAAGAGAUUCAAAAUCCAGUUCCUCUGUGGGCAAGGCAGGCAGAGAAGGAACUCCCUUCGGAAGAGCCCAGGGCUUGGGCAUGAAAGAGGAAAGCCCGCCUGCUGCCGGCGACACUGAGAGCUGAGGCAGGAGGCAGCCUUCCCUGCCUGCCAGUAGAGAAACUUCCAAAACCUUCUUUGUGGAAAGCCUGCUGAUGAGUAUUGAUCAGAAGACUUGAACAUUCUCCUUUCCCUUUUUCGUUUUCUGUGUCCCCUCUUCAAAAAUGAGCAUUAUUAUGAAGCCGAGAUCCAGGUCCACAAGUUCCCUGAGGACAACGGAGGCAGUUUGUUUCGAUGUGGACAAUGGCACAUCAGCGGGACGGAGUCCCUUGGAUCCCAUGACCAGCCCAGGGUCUGGGCUAAUUCUCCAAGCAAACUUUGUGCACAGUCAACGCCGGGAGUCCUUCCUGUAUCGAUCAGACAGCGAUUAUGACCUCUCUCCAAAGUCUAUGUCCAGGAACUCCUCGAUUGCCAGUGAUAUACAUGGAGAUGACUUGAUUGUGACUCCAUUUGCUCAGGUCUUGGCCAGCCUUCGAACUGUAAGAAACAACUUUGCUGCAUUAACUAAUUUGCAAGAUCGCGCACCCAGCAAAAGAUCACCCAUGUGCAACCAACCAUCCAUCAACAAAGCCACCAUCACAGAGGAGGCCUACCAGAAACUGGCCAGCGAGACCCUGGAGGAGCUGGACUGGUGUCUGGACCAGCUAGAGACCCUGCAGACCAGGCACUCCGUCAGUGAGAUGGCCUCCAACAAGUUCAAGAGGAUGCUUAAUCGGGAGCUCACCCACCUCUCUGAAAUGAGUCGGUCUGGCAACCAGGUGUCGGAGUACAUAUCAAACACGUUCUUAGAUAAGCAACAUGAAGUAGAAAUUCCCUCUCCGACUCAGAAGGAAAAAGAGAAGAAGAAAAGGCCGAUGUCACAGAUCAGUGGGGUCAAGAAGUUGAUGCACAGCUCCAGCCUGACCAAUUCCUGCAUCCCAAGAUUUGGGGUUAAAACAGAGCAGGAAGAUGUCCUGGCCAAGGAACUAGAAGACGUGAACAAGUGGGGCCUCCACGUUUUCCGAAUAGCGGAGCUGUCUGGCAACCGGCCUCUGACUGUUAUCAUGCACACCAUUUUUCAGGAACGAGAUUUGUUAAAAACGUUUAAAAUCCCAGUGGACACUUUGAUUACGUAUCUUAUGACUCUAGAAGACCAUUACCAUGCUGACGUGGCCUAUCACAACAACAUCCAUGCUGCAGAUGUCGUCCAGUCAACUCAUGUGCUGCUCUCUACACCCGCUUUGGAGGCUGUUUUCACUGACUUGGAGAUUCUCGCGGCCAUUUUUGCCAGUGCAAUACAUGAUGUGGAUCAUCCUGGUGUGUCAAAUCAAUUUCUGAUCAAUACAAACUCGGAACUUGCCUUGAUGUACAACGACUCCUCCGUCUUAGAGAAUCAUCAUUUGGCUGUGGGCUUUAAGUUGCUCCAGGAAGAAAACUGUGACAUUUUCCAGAAUCUGACCAAAAAGCAAAGACAAUCUUUAAGGAAAAUGGCCAUUGACAUUGUACUAGCGACAGACAUGUCAAAGCACAUGAAUCUGCUGGCUGAUCUGAAAACAAUGGUUGAAACGAAGAAGGUGACGAGCUCUGGCGUCCUCCUCCUUGAUAACUAUUCUGACAGGAUCCAGGUCCUCCAGAAUAUGGUGCACUGUGCAGACCUGAGCAACCCCACAAAGCCACUCCAGCUCUACCGCCAGUGGACGGACCGGAUAAUGGAGGAGUUCUUCCGUCAGGGGGACCGGGAGCGUGAGCGUGGCAUGGAGAUAAGUCCCAUGUGUGACAAGCACAACGCCUCUGUGGAAAAAUCACAGGUGGGCUUCAUAGACUAUAUUGUUCAUCCACUCUGGGAGACAUGGGCAGACCUCGUACAUCCCGACGCCCAGGACAUUUUGGACACUUUGGAGGACAAUCGUGAGUGGUACCAGAGCACAAUCCCCCAGAGCCCCUCCCCUGCACCUGAUGACCAAGAGGACGGCCGUCAGGGACAGACUGAAAAAUUCCAGUUCGAACUAACCUUAGAGGAAGAUGGCGAGUCAGACACUGAAAAGGACAGUGGAAGUCAAGUGGAGGAAGACACUAGCUGCAGUGACUCUAAGACUCUGUGCACCCAAGACUCAGAGUCCACUGAAAUUCCCCUUGACGAGCAGGUUGAAGAGGAGGCUGUAGCAGAAGAGGAAAGCCAGCCCCAAACUGGCGUCGCAGACGAUUGUUGUCCUGACACGUAACAGUGUAAAGGCUGUCACACCUUUUUCUUUUUCUUUUUUUUUUUUAAAGUAGAAAAAAUCGUUUCCAAAGUGCAUGUCACAUGCCACAACCAUGGUCACACCUCACUGUCAUCUGCCAGGACGUUUGUUGAACAAAACUGACUUGAACUACUCAGUCUGGCGCUCAGGAAUAUUGUAACCAGUUCUUUCGCCGCCCCCCCCCCCAUGUCAUCGGAGAAGGGAGAUGUCUUCACGAACAUGAUGUCGACAUGACGUCAGCUCAGUAGAGCUGACAAAGCAGAUAAAAUCAACUCCAACUGUUUUCAAGGGAGCGUGGCUCAUCCAGCUGCCCAGACGUAGAUCGGAUUGCAGAGUUCCUUUCUGGUUUGUUUGCAAAAAAAAUUUUAAGAAGAAAAGAAGGCAUUUGAUGAACUCACAGAUGAAGCAAUGAAAACAUCAGGAACAGGACACAGCUUGGAUCUGUCCCCAGGAGGAGGAUGAGCCACAGAAAUUGCAUAAUUUUCUAAUUUCAAGUCUUCCUGAUACAUGACUGAACAGUGUGGUUCAAUGAGCCAUGCUCACCUCUACAUUUUGUAUGAUAUGUAAAACAGAUUUUUUGUAGAGCUUACUUUUAUUAUUAAAUGUAUUGAGGUAUUAUAUUUAAAAACAAAAACAAAGCAAAACUCUGUUCAGAACUUCAUCUGCCACUGGUUAUUUUUUUCUAAGAAGUAACUUGCAAGUUUUCAGUACGGAUCAGUACUACACUGGAUAAAUCUCAUUUAUGAAUUUGACUUCCACCUUAGAGUUCAUAGCAAUUAACUGAUUUGUAGUGAUUCAUUGUUUUAUAUACCGAUGACUUCCAUACUUUAAAACAGAGAAACAAAUUUAUGUUGCCAGAAACCCUUUUUGUAAGUGUCCAUUGACUCCUUUUGUUUCACUCCUCCGCCCGCCAGAAGAGUUGCUGUCCCACAUUGCUGCCCUCACUGUGUGCAAAGUGAGUAUUUAUUCUGUAAUAUGUUGAUGUGCAUUAUGUCCAGUGUGUCUUAAACCUCAUAGGAGUUCAGUCAUCACUUGCUGUUGUCUGAAGCAAAUGGGAAAUAUAUAAAUACCCAGUAGCUAAAACAGCCUGUCUUUUCUAGGCAUUUUCCUACCCACUGCCUUCUGAUGACUUCCUUUUUUUCCCCCUGUGUCAGGAGACAUGCAUUCACAAGUGCUUGUCCUUGUAGUCACCCAUACAUUUCAUGAUCAUUUUAUUGUAGCUCACAGCCAGUUAUAGGAAGAAAGACAUUUUCCCAUCAUGCUGCUUGAUUUAAUGUCUGUGCCAGCCUCUUCCCAAGUUCACUAGGUGGGGGGUCUUAACCAAGUAUAUUACUACCACACUGACUGAGAAAAAAUAAAUAGGUUGUCAGGUUAGGGUUGAAGUUGAAUUCUACUACAUGGUUCUGUCUUCGCUAGCUUUUCCUCUGAGACUGUAGAGGGAAAACAUGCUAAGUGUUAUGGAGGCAAUUCUUAAGAAUGUCAGCCAACUAGAUCAGCCAAAUACCAGGACAGCUGUUGUUUGAGCUGCCCAUGGAAGUAAGACCUCCAUGAGGAGUAGCCCUGGGAAGCAGUUCUUAGUGUCGCAGCUGUUCUCUCCUAAUAGCUAGCUCAGUAACAUGUGGAAAUUGCUAUUGACUGUUAUUGCUCCAUAAGCCUGUCGCCUAGGAGGGACUUCUGCAGACACACUGAAGGAGACUUGAUACUGCUGGCUCCAGGCGGGUAGCUAUACAAUGGAAUCUAAAAUUGUGGAUUGUGUGAGUCUGCCUCAGUAGAACAUUAAGAGAGAAUUCCAGAUUUCGGUUCCAGGAACCGUUGACUUCAUAGAUUAGUUCCCAGGGUUAACUCGAUGAUAACAACCAGCCUCGUGCAGCCUGUGUCUAGCCUAGACCUUAGUUGUAUAAGGCUUGGAGCCCAUGUCAUUUUCUUUUUUGGCACCCAAAUGGGGACUAAAGAGGAGGGCGGUAUAAGACCAAAAGGAGAAGGAAACGUUUAAGAAAAAUCAUAAGUCUGAAGAGAAAGGAAUAAAAAAACUUCUCAAGGAAGUUGGGACCUAGUGACUGAGAAUUUAAGUCAUCAGGGAAGUCACCCAAGCAGCACUAAAACCCUGUUUCAAUUUCUAGAAUCCAGAUGCUUCAUAGAGCCGUAGGUACAGAAGCAUUUCUGAUUGUUGAUAUAGGGCAGGAUAAAAGUCAAAUAGCUGAUCAUUGGAGGCCCAGCCACCUUUCCGUCAAGAGUGCAGUCUGCCUCUAUGUGAGCCAGAGAUUUCACAGAAUACUGGGGCACCUGUUUCUCUUUUCCUUUUUCGGAUCCCUGAAGGAGGUCUAGAAGAGUUUAUCCCCCUUUCCAAAUCAUUCUCAUUUUCUUCCCCCCCUACGUGUGGCAUUUCCCCGACAGAGUGUUUGUGGUCUUCAUAAUAAAACAAGUAAGUAAAUAAAUAAAUAAGCAAUAUGUCAUAAACAGAUUCAUUACUGUAGUUUCCAACUACAGUAAUGGAGCUUUUGUUUUCUAGUGUGUUGGUUUUUAAUGGCACUGCUCUGUCAAGGUAUCCACUGGUGGACAAUCAAACCGUAGAGGACACAUAAUAUCCAAGAGUUAGGGACUAAUAUAUAAUACCUACUCAACCAUCUGCUUACCACUCCUGCCUCUUUACCGUGCCCCGCUCCUGCUAACUCUCUCCCCUGAGUGUGCUUCACAAUACACGCUGCAUUAAAAAGAACAUCUCUAUACAAGUGACUUACAUUUCCUAAAAUGCCAUAAGAAAAAUGCAAUAUCUGGGUACUGUAUAGGGGAAAAAGAAGUCUAAGAUUUGCAUAAAACCAGUACAUUUCAGCUUGCAAGUUACCGAACACGAUAACGUUGUCUUCAUUACGUUUGCAUCCACAUCAGUUAAAAGUCACAAGUACACAGUGUAGAUAGAACAAAUCGCAGACAAGGAGAGAAAAAAAAACUUGAAUGAAACAGAUUUUACAGAAAGCUUUAUGAUAAUUUUUAACGCAUUAUUUAUUUUUUUUGUGCCAUGCAUUUUUUCCUCACCAAAUGACCUUACCUGUAAUACAGUCUUGUUUGUCUGUUUACAACCGUGUAUUUAUUGCAAUGUACAUACUGUAAUGUUAAUUGUAAAUUAUCGGUUCUUAUUAAAACAUCGUCCCAUGCUGGGAUGGUGUUGACAUAUUUGGAAACUCUUGGUGAGAGAAUGAAUGGUGUGUAUACAUACUCCUUGUACAUUUUUCUUUUCUUCUGUAAUAUAGUCUCGUCAUCAUAGAGCUUGUUUAUGGGAAAAUUCAAGAAAAAUAUAAAAUACAUAAAGAUAUAUAAAUUUAAAUAACAUAGCUGCAGGUCUUUGGUCCCAGGGCUGUGCCUUAACUAUAACCAAUAUUUUCUUCUGUUUUGCUGCAUUUCAAAGUUAGGUGAUAGUGAGGCUCGGGCUGGGCCUUUUGUAGCCGUGCUCCUCACUAAUUACAAAACUAUAGAUCACUGCUGGAGAACCUUCUGACCCUUGUGAGAUAAAAGCUCUAAGGACUUGUUGCCAUGGAGCAAGAUGACAUAGAUGGUGCGUGCUUACCAGCUGAGUACCGGGAGCUACUUCACCUGGACACACGGGAUUGGUUUUCUUACCCCCAAACCACAUACUAAGUAAACAUUCUUCUCCAGUGACUGUAGAACGGCCUUUGAGCUGCAGGACCUCACAGGAAGCCGAAUCUGAUUUGAAGCGAGGUUGUAGGUCACUGAUCUUUUCAGUCCUGUGUUCACCAGCUUCCUGCCAUGCCAAGAUACUACACUAUUUUUAAUACUAUCUUUUUCUCCGAGAUUAACCAAAUUUAUAUGUGUAUAAUACAUAGUACAUAUGUGUAAUACACAUGUAUACAUACACGUGUACAGUAUGUACAUGUAAAUCAUCUACUUAAAAACAGUUAUAUGAUGAUGCCAGUUCAUGUAAAAUUAAGAAAUCACAUCUUUCUAAGAUUGUUUUUGUGUGUCCAUGUGGGAUUGUUAAGCACAAUGGCCAGCCCCAAAAGCCAUGAGUGCUUCCUGGUGGAAAAGGGGGCCACCUCCCACUACAGCCCAGCCCUUAGAAUCUGUGACAUAGAAAAAAUUAAAAAAAAAGAAAUUCUUUUUUUCUAGGAAAAGAAUAAUGAGCCUCCUAUUAUUUUAUUUUAUUUUUGACACAAACUGUAGAUUUUAGCAGCCCUGGCCCAAAGGAAUUUGAUUACUUUUGUUUUAAACAGUACAAAUGGGACACUAUACUCAGAAAAUACAUCCUUACUGAUUUCAGUUUUUUAAUUGUUUUAUUUCUUUGGGUAUGUUUUCAGAGUGGUGAACUGUGUGUGAGCAUUGCAGAUGACGAAUCUGUUAGUGGUUUCUUAGCCUCUCUUACAGCCCAUGGGGAUAGCACUGUACAUCAAUACCUUCAUAUAAAAUUUUUAUAUGCCAUGAAAAUAAAAGCAUGGGUUGAUUCUGCCUA